GGCAUAGACAAGAUAGACAGACAACACUACAUAAUCCAGACAAUGGCGGCGCGUGCUUUCUUAACCAGCCUACGUUUUGAUUUUUGUAUGUGACCUUGUUAUGUUCUUACCCAAACUCUCCUAUAGCCCGUCUGCAAUUCGUUUUUUAAGGUAGACAGGUAUCCGUCAGAAGCGAAUUUUUUUAACAGUUGGUAUGGGGACGUCUGGUCAUUUAAUAUUAAUGUGUGCUGUGGUAAACAACUCGGAUUAGUCGUAUCUGGUUGCAAUCAUUUUCGUUGGUCGAUAUUUCUAUGACAUUGCACUAUAUUCUGAACUUAUGUAAUGGCUUUCUCUUUACCCAAUAAUCCAUAUUUCUCAGCACCAUCCUCUUCUAUGGUUGAUGUGGCCGAAUUCAGACAGAAUCUGGUUUCUCGGAUUUUUGGAAGACCACAGGAUUAUGAUCUCUCACACACACCGUCCCAAUCACCUGAAUUACUGCGUAGAUCUGAUCAUUUAAAUCCACGAAAACCCCUAUGUGCAUCCAACAAUUUAUUCAAUUCUCCUGGUUGGUUUCAGCAUGCACUUGCUUCCAGUCUUCAAAUGGGUCUUCUGUCUCUCCCAAGAUACAUGCUCAAAGACAUAUGUUUACCACCUUUACCUCCUCAACCUUUAAAUAUGAGGUUGUCAAGGCCUACAAACAUGCCUGUGCCUUUUGAGCCAGUGAUGCCCGAAGGGAAACCGAAGGUCCCCAGUAAACUUCCAUCUCGUACAGAGCAUUUCCGCUCAUCUUCCUUUAAUAACUGUGACACUUUUCCCAUGUCAUGCCGUCAACCUACUGUUCGCCCCACGCUAAAAAGACAGGUAGAAAGACCCAAGAUGAACUGGUGUUCAAACAGUACACUUAAUCCUAUUGCGUCUGUAGAAUCACAAGAUACUGGGACUUUAGUUCCUAGCCUUAUUGACGGUGAAGUAAUAAUGGGGUUUAAUGUAUGGGGUGAGAAACGUUUAUGUUUACCUCAUCUAUUUCGUUUUGUUCUACACGAUGUGGAUUUGCAGAUCAUAGAUAAGGCAUGCACAAAAUUGCAAAUAGCAUGUACAACAUGUACUCCAGCUCAAUUAAGUUUACUGCAUUCACGUCAAAUACUUCCUCGUACUGUCGGUAGUUGUGGUUUAAUUCGUAAAAGUGAUGCAGAAAGGUUAACAAAGUAUAUUCGUCAUCAAAGCAUGUGUUUAGACGAGGUGAACUGUGAGGAUGAUACUGUAUCUAAGUCUCUUGUCAAUGUACAUACUAGUGAUGAAUAUGAAGUAAAAGCAUCUGGUUCUGUAGGAUUUUUUAAAGAUCAGCGACAUAUGAGUCCUGUUUCAACUGACACUACUAAGUCAACGAACUCACUGGAAAAUAAACAUUUGUCAGACCGUUUAGACUGUGGUCACGAUGAAAACCAACCUGAAAAUGACUGCAAGAAUACUACUGGGUCUAAUGUCAUUCCAGUAAUCCAUGAAUGUUUUGGACGACAACUAGGAUUAAUCUAUCCUGAUUUAUACAAGGAACCUUACUCAAAAUGCAUCAAAUGUGUUACUUGUUGCCGAUACUUUUCUCCGGAACAAUUUGUUGGACAUACACAUACCGUUACAGAAGUUGAUAAUUUAAAUCACUGGGGUUUUGAUUCCACUAAUUGGCGGUGUUAUCUUCGUCUGUAUACAGGCCGACGGUUAACUCUAAAUUCAACCCCUAUUCUUGCCAACCUUAAUAGUGCAAGUGAACCAGAUUCAUCGGGAAAAACAAAUACUAGAGAACCUGUAAUCACUGUAGAUGCUCAUCGUCGUUUGGAGGAAUUUAAGAUUAAGUUUGCUCAGCCAAUUAAACUACCCCCAUCUUUGAGUGCAGCAUUGAGGAGUGUGGGGUUGUGUGCAUCUGUGGCUCCGUUUCCUCCGGGUACUGUUAACUCACAACGUCCUCAGACUUCUGAAGUUUCCAUAUGUGAGCAGAUUUCAGCUCUGAUAAGGAAAAAUAGCCAAUCGAAAACACAUCAGUCUUUACCGGUGCGACCCAAUAAAGUGAAUGAUCAAGCAGUAACAAGCACUUCGGCUGAUUCUGUUUCAAAUCAGUCUCCACCAUGCAAUGUAAUUUUACCCCAGCUAACUUUGCGCCGUCUGUGGGCCCCUAAUGAUGGUCGCAUUAAACUUCCUCCUCCACCCAAAUUACUGACAAGCUGUGAAAUGAAAUCCCUCCCAGAAAAAUUUCAAACUGGACCUCCACUCUUAUUGCACUCCCAUCGAGUUGUUACUCAAGAUGCUGCCCAUCAAUAUGAUCGUGAUUUCAUUCCUAAUGUCUGUUUGAAGCCGUUCAAUGGGAAUGAAAGUAAAAUACCUGCUAGAUGGUCGUCAAGUCGAAAUCACCGACACAGACGUUCACAACGCAGACAAACUGAGUGUGAUUCCGUCCGAAGCUCUAGAUCUCGUUCGUGUAGCGAGUAUAGCUCAGGAUCACGGAGUAGUCGAACUCGAAGUUCGAGUUCAAGUAGCGCAAGCAGUAGUCGAUGUAGUUGCAAUAAAAACGUUAAUAAACAUAUUGAUGUCUCAGAGUUUCGUUGGAUGAAAGAUGGUCAAAAUAAGGCACCUUACAAUUGUAGUUUAAAUUCUUCAUCACCUGACCAUAAAGCUUGUGAUAAUUCAGCUCAUGAGACUUGCAAUACACUGAAGCCAGAUGACUUUAGUUGUGUUAAGAAAACUCCCUUCGGUGGUUCAACUUUCAUCCCACGUGUACACAGACUACGCAAAGUGCGUUCACUCAGCCGAACUAUUCAUAAAUGUAACCGACUUAGGAGAGUAUCGUCAUGCCCGCCUACUUACUCUGUCAGACAAACAAAUGGGAACAGCUUGCAGUGUUCAAAUGAUAAGCAUAAUAAAAGAAAGCUGCUCAGUUCGAUAUCAGCUUUUCAAACAAAUCGAAAGAAGUCUAACACAUCCCAAAUGGAUAGGGGUGGAACAAAACAGCGAUCCAAAGCAUUGGCGGCUGCACGUGCUGCACAGGGUGCAGCAAGUCGAACAGGCCCAGGAUUAUGGACGAGGCAUUUCGUUGAUCUGCAAAAUUCCAGUGGAGAUUCUAUGAAGUUACCCACCGCCAGACGAUCUGUAUCUCAAGCUUCUGACAUUCAUAAUCCAUGUUCAAAUCCAAUGAAUAACAUACCUGUAUUGGUUACAAAUCCAAUGAAGAAUAGUCUACCGGCUGCUGUUUUAGCCUUAGAAGCAAUAUGGGCAGAUUUAGUUCGACUUAUAAACGAGUAUACAGUUGCAGUUGAAUCACGGUCCGGUGUGGAUGCAGCACGUCAACGUCUAUUUGAACAGUUCAUUUCCAUGCAAACAUGCUAUGCUACGCAUAUAGCUGGGUUAAUGGAUGAAAACCAAAAGCUUCAUGAGAAGCUUACACAAGCUCAAAGUCAAUUGCUACUCUUUCAACCCCAGUUGCAAUCUUUCAUCAAUGGUAAUAAUAAUAAUAACUGUACAUCAGUACCUUUUGUACCGUUAGCUGGUCAAGCAGCAGCUCCCCUUCCACAACUCCCAGCAACAUCACUCGUAACAGCAACAACAGUUCCAUCCACAUCGGGAGCCGUUUCUUCAAAUCCCAAAUCCUUUCAUCACCAGUUCGAUUGUGAAUUAGACAACAAACCUGUGUUCAAUAGAUCAGAUGAAACAUUGAACCUCGUUAUACAAAAUAAUAACAAUUGCAAUGACAAUUUGUCUCGUUUUCCACGAAACGAGUUUCCACCUUCAAUCAUCGAUCCAAUACGAAAUGUGGCUUGCGUUAACAAACUUAAACCAAUAAUCACUGCAGAUGAGGUAUAUUCAAAGAUUAAUACUGCUAAUAAUCCCACUGUUCCUGUUUCUGUUAGUCCACUUUACAAACAUUCUCCUUCUACCCCCAAUGAUCAUCUGACCGGAGGUUUUCAUCCAUCAUCAUCUAGAUGCUUAUCAUCACUCACUUCUCCUCCUAUACUAUCAUCAUCGUAUUUAAAGCGUAAAAGUGAUGCAUCAAGUAAUUCAGAUUUUGAAAGCCAUCCUUCCUUAUCCUCUUCAUCACUACCUGUUGUUUUACAAGACCGUUUGGAUACUACUGAUUAUCCUGAAAUAUUACAAUCAUCGUCGAAUCGUGAAAGUCCUUCAGAAGGAGAACAUAGUCAGGGUUCUUCUACUCCCACAGCUUCUGAAACAGAUGGUCUUACAAAAGAUCCCGUUGACGAUAAUGAUCCAAAUGAGGAAAUUCAUCAUUCAGAAUCUCAAAGUCCACAUUCACAUUUGAACAUUGGUAGAGAAGUAACCGAAUCGAAUAUAUGCUUAAAACGUACGCCAUCAAUUGACAAAUCUACAGUCUUAUGGGAUCAAUCUCAUCAACAAACUGUCAGGAAUACUGAAGAUACAACAUCUAAUUUUAUUUCUAAGCUUCAUGAUACCCCAAUGUUGAGUUCAGAGCAGUCGAAUCAAAUAGUUUAUACACAUCAGCCGAAAAAACGGCGUACACUCAAUAUCCAUUUGUCUACUGCAUCAGCCAAUGGUAGUAAUGGCAGUAAAUGCAUUAAAUGAAUCCCCUUAUUUGCCCUUGUUUAAAUGAUUCCCUAAUCUGCCUCCUUCACCCAUUUAUACAGACGCACACAUUGGUUAAACGUGAUUCAUAUCUUACAUGUACAAACAGAAUUUUGAAACAUAUAGCACUCAUCAUGACCAUAUAAAAAUGUUCUCAUCAGUAAAAAUGUAUUUUAGAAGUAAACUCCUGUAACUGACUAGUGAUUAAUUUCCUCUUAAAAACUUUGUUUUCACCGUUACUAGUUAAUACUGUUAAUUUUUACUACUACCCUUACCAUUACUAUUGUCAUUAUCAUUAUUAUAGUACUUUUAUUUGAUAUUUUUCACUCCUGACAGUACAUAAACACACACAGAGAUAUAGACAAAUGCACUUUGAUAAGGCUCAAACUGAUCGUUUUUCCUCGUUAUCUUUUGUCUAUUAAUCUUUGUAAGAAGAAGGUUGAAAUAUUUGUGAGCAGUGUAAAGUAUACAGUAAAUACAUUCAGCUUCUUCAAAGAAAAACACAACUGCUAGAAGAUAUCUCCCUCCCACUUUGUUCGUCCUCUUUCAUCCUUUAUUGUUCUUGUACACUGUGAUUCCUUCCUUGUGAUGUUCCUCAAUGAUAAAUAAAAUUAAAUAAAAGUUGAAGAAAGACAGUGUAAAACGUUUUUUUCUUCAGAAAAGGUACAAGACAGCCUAUUCUCUCUUCCUUCUGAUGAGGGGAAAGCGUUUGGUGUUGACUUGAUUGAGAGCACAAAAAACAGUAUCAGGACUCUCUGUAUCUCACCUUUCACGUUAUCACCUCUAUGUAUGUGUGUGUGUGUGUGUCAACAGAGGAGGCGAAAUCGCCCUCAUUUCCAAGUCCCAGAUUUCCCUCUAUCCUUCUCUGUAUUUAUCCUUCUGUACUUCACUGUCAUAUUGAGAUGGUGUAGAGAUAUGGAUGGUAUGUGCCUGUGUGUAUAUAUACAUGACUAUCGCUACUGUUUGAUAUUUCUUUUGUCUGACUUAUCGGUCCCGUUACUUGUGUGGAUACAACUGAAGCCUCCACUUCAAAGUGGAUCUUAUUUCAUCCUCCUAUUUUAAUCUUCAUUAAUCUUAGUAGUACUGUUCUCUUCGUCUUUAUAUAAAAACUUGUUUUAAGCUGUUUACUGUGUUCUCAGAGUUAUCACACUCAUUAUACUUUUGUUGUCGUCGUCUCAAGGAGUUUUUUCUUCAACAGGGAUACACUCAGAGGAAUUAUCAUUUUCAAUACUUUUGUGCAUUUUUUCAAUACCCACCCACCUAUCCAUUUUUUUUCUUUUUGAAUUUUUCAUUCCUAGUCUGCGCCCUAGCUAGUAAGUGAGCGCCAUUUGAUUUUUCUUCCCCUUUGUGUAAAUUUUAAGUUAACAGUUUUUGUGCGUUUUCCGUAUAUGUUUUCUUUCCAUUGUAAGUAUUUAUUGAUAUUUAUGACUGUCUGACUGUUAGCGCACAUUGUUAAUACAGCUGUCACUGAUAUCGGUUUACUAAUAUGGUUUUUUGUGUAAUACUCAUUUCUUGAGUUAUGAUUUUACUAUCCUUAAUUCAUUUUCAUUCAUUCAUCCAUUCAUUCUCUUGGCAAAACUGCCUUGUCUCUCACUGUGCAUUUUUUCUCUCACCAGACCCGUUUCAUAGUUCCUGUUUUUAUGAUUGUACUAUUACUGCUACUGUGGAGACUUUUCACACUAUUCCCCUUCAGUAUAUGCAGAUGUGUGUGUGUGUGUGUGUGUAUGUGCAUCGACCUGAUCCAUUCUAGUUUUUCUAGCAUUAGCUACUAUCCUUGUUGUCGCUCGCCCUCCAUGUAUGAAAAUGCUGUAAUCCACUUUUCUCUCUGUGUUGUCUCGCUACUCAUAAAAGUAAUACUACAGAGGUUUGGGGGGGGGAAGGGGGAGAUACAACUCAAAUUGUAUUUCUAUUCGUCUUAUUCACUACCACACUGUGAACAAUGCGCCAAUAAACAGUUUUAUCAUUACUAUUAUUGUUACUUGGUGACUGCCACUAACACCAGUGUGUAGAUGUUAUUUUCAAUUAUUACUAUUACUAUUCCAGACUUAGCUUUCCCAUUGUUUUAUUCACUCUAUUAUAAUCAGAGAAUUCUAAUUCUUUUAUUGUUGUUCAUCGCACUUGUUUUGUAACUUUAUUGUUUAUCCUCACGUGUAUUCCUUCAGUUGCUUGUUUUCAAGACUAGAAAUAUUUGACACUGCUGUCCACUACUAGUUUUUAUUGUUUACCGUUAUUAUUAUUAAUUUUAAAAAAUUGAACAAUGGAUAUACAUAGACUCAUCCUUUCUUUUCUCUUUUUUCUUUCUAAUUCAUGUUACCUAAUUGAUAAAGUGUAGGUCUGCUUCUUGUGUGAUUGUGUAUAUGUAUGGGUGUGUGUGUGUGUCCGUGCCAUUUCACUUCAUUCACGCCAUCUGAUUGGCUGAUGCAAUUUCUUCAUAGCAGAUAAACUCCACUUUCAACCCCACUACUCGUACUAUUGCCACUCCCAUUACGACCACUUUAACUGAUUAUGCCACCCACGUGUCCUUUAAUUAAUAAUGUUCCUCAUUUUCUCUAUUAUUGUCUCGUUGUUGUUGUCGUCUUCGUCAAUUUGAGCUGGAGCUGAAAGGAAAAACAACAUUUAUGAGCAACAACAUCGGAAAGAAUUCUGAUAAAAAACAUUUUGCUUAGAUUCUGUUUCAUGGCUGGCUGACUGUGUUUGUGUCCUGUAACUAUCACAUACACAACAUAUAUAUAUAUAUAUAUAUAUAUAUAUAUAUGUCUGUCCCCGUUUGUGAAUUUUAUUUAUGACUGGUUAGAUGGAUUCACUUGUUUGUUAGUCAUUUGAUCUGUUGAAUAGGUUGAUGCAUCGAUCGAUCGAUCGAUUCAUUUGUAUUUGUUUGCAUACACGCACACACACAUGCAUACAUACUAAUCAUUUGUGGAAACCAGUUUGUAAAAUUCCUCUUCUGUGUUGCUUACUUAUUUUAAAACUUGUUUUUGGUUCACUUUUUUCUUUUGAGAUUUGAUUUAGUAAAUUUAUCCAAUUUUCUCAUUUUGUAAAUGACUUUCAAUGUGUUUCUUGUUGAAAAGUGAAGUUAAUCAGCGUGCAUAGUAAGGGGAUUUUUCAAGGGAUAAGUGUUGAUCAAUAGGUAGG